CUCGCCUCCGCGACAAAAUAAAGUUCCAUUUCACAAAAGUAGGUACUUUUAGUUUAGUUUAUCACGUCUUCUGGGUGAGUCGAUUAGAUCUUCAAUCUUCAUUAUGCCUCUCUUCAACUUAUCCCCAUCGUCCUACCUUGGGCUGUCGUCCUGGUUCAACCAAUACGCACGAGGCAGCACAUUACUGGGCAAGCAGGAGCUGAGGGCUGUUCUCUCCAAACACGGGCUCAAACCAACCGACAGUGAGCUCCAGUCGAUGAUCGAUGAGGUCUCCGUCGAGAGUAAUGGCAUCGGUUUUCAGGCCUUCAUUGAUCUGACCAGUGAAUUUAUGGAUUACAGGGACCAGGAGAAAGAAUUGGCAGAAGCAUUCAGAAUAUAUGAUCGCAGUGGUUCCGGUGAAAUUUCCAAAGAAGACCUUGAAUACUGCCUGAACAAGAUGGGCAACAAGAGCGCGUCAGUGGACUCUAUCAUUGCAGAGGCUGACAAAAAUAAUGAUGGCAAGAUCCAAUAUGACGAGUUCGUUGAUUUGAUGAAAGGUCUGUAAACCACGUGAUCACUGCAUGUCGACCCAAUACAUAAUUGAUAUGGACAUUUUGUUUUAUGUACCCCUCUUGAGACAUCUUGAUUCCCAAGAUUUUAGUUGCGAAUCAUGAACAAUUUAUUGAGUCACGUGCUUCAAUUAUUUUCACACAUUGCAAAAGAUUUUACACAAUAUAAUUUUGGAAACGUUUCUGCAAGGGUUAACUUGGUCAACACUUACCAUUUGACAUUCAUACAUAAUGAGACAUUUGACCUGCAUAAGCGCCUGAGUUGUUAUUCCCUU